AUGGCGCCGGUGCAUAUUCAAAUCUCCGAUCGCAAUCCACUUUCGGAUUAUACCAGGGCUGUCUCUCUGCUCUUGCAGCUGCAGGGCAAGGGCGAGGCCAAUCUAAACUCUAUCAUUAGCGUUCUGCAAAAAUUCUCCCCUCUUCCAGAUGGCCAGGUGCUUCGACCUCGUGCACCCGACUUUCCUCAACGCGACGUGUUGGAGAGAGACGUUCGGACGGCCAUCGAACUCAUGGACGCUAAGACCACGGACUGGAAGACUGCCGCAAGAACGUUCCCGGUCAUUAUAACGCUUUAUGAGCUGUAUAGCACGCGCGUGGACGCCAUUUCGGCCUACAAUAUGAGAGCCCCGCCCAUUCCAGGCGCGCAUUACCCCCCUGCUCCUAUCGCUGGCAAUGUGCCGGACGAGGACGUAUAUCGUGCAAGUGAUCGCCUGAGGCUACUUCGCCCGAUCGACGACAUCAUUGGGUUUUAUUACGGUGCAUUACGCAACGGCACUCUGCAGGACCCGCUCCUCACAUACGUAGUCAACUUUGUCUACCAGAUUGUCUCGCACUACGGUCCUGAACGAGAGCUCAGUCUGCAGACGACGUCGGACUUUUUCUUGGGUCUGCGCCGCGAAGCGUCCGGCAGCAUCUACGCCUUCGUCUUGCUGUCCACGGGGUACGACUUUCCGCCAGACGUCAUCAGCCCUGCCGACGUCUUGGGUUGGGCAGAGAGCAGCGUCGCUGGGCUCGUGGGAUCAGUUCAACAAGGGCAUUUCGUAGAACAGUUGUUCUCUGGGCAGAAAUUCAACCGUCAGACGUACGCUGCGCUAAACCCGCUAACGCGCCAUGCCCUCCGAUGCCCGUACGACAUCUGGCCGGCGCUCACCGGGUGCUGCAUCGCGUGUGGCCGGACUGCGGCUCGGUUCUCUUGCACUCGUUGCAGACGUAUCCUCUACUGCGGUCGGGACUGUCAGCUUGCGUGA